AGAGGAGCCAAAACGGAACGGAAAAAAGCCAAACCAGCUCUGCUCGCUCAUCGCCACCGACGCCGCCGGCGAUGAAGCCCCUCGCCGCCGGCGCCGCGGCCUCCUCCCCGGCGGCCAUGCUGGUGCCGGCCACCAAGAUCACCAUCCCGUCCUCGUUCGCCGCAGAGGCGGCGCCGCCGCCGUUCGGGAAGGGGCGGUACAAGGUGUGGGCCUUCGCGGCCAUCGCGCUCCUCGCGCUCUGGUCCAUGUCCGCGGCGUCCGUCUCCCUCCGCUGGUCCUCCGGCCGCUUCCUCCUCGCCGCCGCUGCCUCCGAGGACCUCGACGCGCCACUCCGCGACGACCUCGACUCACUCGAGAUGGAGGAGAGGGAGAAAUUAGUGGGUCGAAUGUGGGACAUGUACACACGCACAGGUGAUGAGGUACGGCUCCCGCGAUUCUGGCAGGAAGCCUUUGAGGCUGCCUACGAAGAGCUUUCUGGUGAUGAUAUGCAGGUCCGUGAUGCAGCCAUCUCCGAGAUUGCUCGAAUGUCAGCCCACAGGCUUGAAUUGGAGCAGCCAGUGAAUGAGGAAGAAAACACAGAGAACACUAGAAGUAACGAACAUGGUAGUCCAAAGUUGAAGAAGUAAUUGUUUUGUAGCUUUAAACUUGACGAUCCAUUGCAGACACCUUGCGCCGUCAGGCGUCAGCAGCUCAUGCUUGAAGCUCCGAUGUAGUAUUAAGGGCAUUCAAUCUAUUACUGCCAGCUAGUGCAAAAACUGCAUCUCUGGCACUCUCUGUAAUGUUAUUUUAUCUUGGUACGAGUGUAAGCAAAAGCUUGCCGUAAUAAAAGUACAGCGAAGCAUCGCGAUGCUUAUGCUCUAUUCAGGAAUUGUCAUGUUUGGUUUUGCUGUUUGAGUUCCUGUUGCCAAUCAACCUGAGCUGUUAAUAUGUUAAUGCCUAGAGCAAU